AUGGGAACCCAAGAGGAAGAUCAAGAAGGUACCAAUGCUGACCGGAGGAACCAGGAGUUGCCGGAGGGUAGUAACGCCCUGAGUAGAUCGAGUAGACAAGACAUGAGUCGUCCAUCCAUUACUGAUACGGCCCCGCCCCAUAUCGUCAAGGAGAUGCAGAUGAUGAAAGAACGGAUGGAAUGCAUGAUGAACGUGCUGAAAGGAAGAGUUUCCAGUGAUCUCGACGAUCUGGUCCACAGAACAGAUUCACCAUUCACCAUGGCCGUCAACUCUUUUCCCCUUCCUCCAAAGUUUCGUAUGCCACAAGUGGAAAACUACGACGGAAACAAGGACCCGCUGGAUCACUUGGAGUCUUUCAAGACCCUGAUGCACCUUCAGGGGAUACCGAACGAGAUUAUGUGUAGGGCCUUCCCCACCACGCUGAGGGGCCCCGCAAGGAUAUGGUUCAGCAGGCUGAAGCCCAACUCCAUUAGUUCCUUUAAAGAGUUGAGCGCCCAAUUCGUAUCGCACUUCAUCGGGGAACACAGGUAUAAAAAGUCUACUGCAUGCCUGAUGAAUAUUAAACAGUGGAAGGAUGAGACGCUGAGGUCCUACAUAACCCGUUUUAAUAAGGAAGCACUCUCGAUAGACGAAGCCGACGAAAAGAUCCUCGCAGCAGCCUUCACGAACGGAUUACGAAAGGGUAAAUUUUUAUUCUCCUUAUACAAGAAUAACCCAAAAACCAUGUCAGAUGUGCUUUAUAGGGCCACCAAGUACAUGAAUGCUAAAGAUGCACUGCUGGCACACAAAGAAAAACCCAAGAAGAGAGAGAGGUUGGAAGAACCCCGACAGGAUAGGGGUAGGAAGAUAGCUAGAACAGGAGAAAAAAGAGACGAUCGACGAUUCAGGCCCCCAAUGGGGAGGGUGCUAGUAGACAACGGAAGCUCCGCCGAUAUUUUGUAUUAUCCGGCCUUUCAGCAGAUGAGAAUAGAGAAGGAACGGUUGAUCCCAACCAACGCCCCGCUUGUAGGUUUUAGAGGAACAUGGGGUGUACCCAUUAGGUGCGGUCACCCUACCGAUGACAGUCAGAGAUUACCCUCAAUAAAUCACGACGUACAUGACCUUCCUGGUCAUUGA